AUGCCUGGCCGGUCCAAUAACAUGUCGGACCCCACAGAGAUGGAGGGAAUUGCGGUCAUUGGAAUGGGAUGUCGCUUCUCUGGAGGAGCGAACUCCGUUGAGAAUUUCUGGCAGAUGCUCUGUGAAGGACGCACUGGUCAUGGAACUAUUCCCGAGAGCCGAUACCAGGCAUCAGCCUGGCACCACCCCAGCCACGAACGCAAAGGAGCUAUCAACCAUGACAGUGGCUUCUUCAUACGGGAAGACCCAUCGCGCUUUGAUGCCCCUUUCUUUUCUAUCACCGCCAAGGAGGCGGCGGGCAUGGAUCCGGCACAGCGUUUGCUGCUCGAGGUUGCCUAUGAAACUUUUGAGAAUGGCAAGCUUAGCAAUAGCGCAGAACUAACAUCCACAAUAGGUGGAAUUCCAAUCGACAGUCUUCCAGGCAGUAACACGGCAGUUUACUCUGGUUCAAUGACCAAUGAUUAUGAGUUAUUAUCAACCAGAGAUAUUUACGACAUGCCUCACAAUUCCGCUACAGGAAACGGACGAACUAUGCUGGCAAAUCGUUUGUCAUGGUUUUUUGAUCUUCAAGGACCGAGUAUUAUGAUGGACACUGCGUGUUCAUCUAGUUUGACCGCAGUACACUUGGCAGCGCAAGCUUUACGUUCUGGCGAGUGCGGAAUGGCUAUGGUCACUGGAGCUAGUCUCAUCUUACACCCUAAUUUUACACAAAGGCUUUCCUACAUGCACAUGAUGAGCCCAGAUGGUACAAGUCAUUCGUUUGACGAGUCCGCAAAUGGGUAUGGUCGAGGAGAAGGUAUCGGAGCUGUGCUUUUGAAACCACUCAGCGCUGCGCUGGCCGACGGAGAUAACAUUAGAGCCGUCAUCCGUGGCACAGGAAUCAACCAGGAUGGCCGGACCCCUGGAAUCACUUUGCCUAGCCCAACAUCUCAAGCUAACUUGAUUCGUUCGACUUAUGAACGGCACGGUAUCUCGAUGAGAGACACUACUUAUUUCGAAGCCCAUGGAACUGGCACUCCUGUCGGAGAUCCCACCGAGCUAUCUGCUGUCGGAAUGACUUUGGGCGAGGCAAGAACACCAACUGAUGAGCCUGUCUACAUCGGUUCAGUGAAAACAAAUCUUGGCCAUACCGAAGGAGCAGCCGGUGUGGCUAGCUUGAUCAAAGUUGUUCUUUGUUUAGAAAAAGCCACUUUGGUGCCAAACGCUGGGUGGAAGAACAUCAAUCCCAAGAUCAGGAUGGAGGACUGGCGACUACGCCUAAGCGACAAAACAAUGCCCUGGCCAGAGCACCUGCCACAACGCGCCAGUAUCAACUCAUUUGGAUUUGGUGGAUCAAAUGCCCACAUUAUUUUGGAGAGCACAAAAGAGGCUUUCCAAGGAAGCGCUGAAGACAGAGAACCUGCCCCACGCGUGGUGGUAUUUUCCACAUUUGAUCAAGCUGGCAUCGACCGUCUUGGUGACAAUUGGAGUAAAUAUCUUCAACGUCAGCAAAAGGCCGAGCAGGAAGUUUCAUUGAAGGAUCUAGCGCAUACAAUGCUUACCCGGCGUUCGCAGUUGGGCUUCCGCAGCUUUGCCGUCGCUAACUCCCAAGAUCAGCUGCAGAGCAUUUUGGACAAGGGACUCCCUAAAUUUUCGCGGGCUAGUCGCAAAGCUCAAACCCGAAUUGCGUUUGUGUUCACUGGUCAGGGUGGCCAGUGGGCAGGAAUGGGCCGAGAACUCUUGAGAGUUGGCACCUUCCGCGAAAGCGUGGCUCGGUCACAAGAUAUCCUUUCAGCACUUGGAUGUUCCUUUGAUAUUGUGGAGGAGAUCAAAUUGGAGGCAAAAGAGAGUCGCAUCAACCGACCCGACCGCAGUCAGCCGAUUACAUGCGCGCUGCAGAUCGCCUUGGUUGAUCUCCUAUCCAGCUGGUCUGUUUAUCCCAACGCUGUUGUUGGUCACUCUAGUGGUGAAAUUGCCGCCGCGUAUGCAGCAGGAUAUCUGUCUCAUGCAGAUGCUCUGCGAGUUGCUUGGUUCCGUGGCUUUUUCUCACAGCAAAUUGCUGAGAGUGACAGAAGAGGAGGUAUGCUUGCCACUGGAAUCUCUUCCACAGAUGCACAGAAAUAUCUCGACGAGCUGCCUCCACGCUCAGUGGUGGUUGCCUGCGUCAACAGCCCCUCCAGCACAACCCUUUCCGGAGACGUGGACCAAAUCGACCUUCUUGAAGGGAAAUUGCAGCAAGAUGGUCACUUCGCUCGCAAGCUCCGCAUUGAUACAGCUUACCAUUCUCCUCACAUGGAAGACUUGGUUGAAGUGGUCGGUAAUGCAAUCAACUCUAUUAAGCCCGAAGACCGUUACGGCGACUCAAUCCCCAUGCUUUCAUCUGUGACAAAGAAGCGCGUGCACUCUUCUGAGCUAGGCGGAGCAUACUGGGUUCGAAAUAUGGUGAGCUCAGUCGAGUUCACCGCUGCAGUUUCAGAACUCGCAAAGCUGAGCGAGUCUACCAAGGCCCGCCGCCGUCCUGUGCCAAUCAAAUGGACCAGCUUGGUAGAAAUUGGCCCACAUGCGGUCUUGAAGGGGCCGGUCAAUCAAAUCUUGCAAGCUGUCAACAAGAACAUGGCAAAUCUGCCUUACCAUUCCCUAGUUGCACGCAAUCAGCACGCUUUGCGCACGUCUCUCGAAGUUGCUGGAUCUUUGUGGAGCACAGGGCACACGAUUGACCUCUCUGUUGUCAACAGCAGUGUUGAUACAACAACGCCCUCCAUGGUUGCCGAUUUGCCCUCUUACCCUUGGAACCACCAAGCAUCUUUCUGGCACGAGCCUCUCGAGACAGCGCAGUUGAGACAGCGCAAGCAUCCCCGCCAUGAUAUAUUGGGAGCUGCCGUGGACUAUCAAAACGCCUUGGAGCCACGAUGGAGAAAUUUCCUGCGACUUUCAGAGAACCCAUGGCUCGCCGAUCACGUUGUCGCUGGCUCGGUCGUUUUUCCGGCCGCCGGCAUGUUGGUGAUGGCCACCGAGGCAGCGCGACAGUUGGCUGACGGCCACGCGAUCAAGGGAAUUGAAUUCCAAGACGUUCAUUUCAUGCGCGGAGUGGUUAUCCCAGAAGAGGAGCGAGGAUUGGAAACUCUUCUUCAGUUGUCUCCCCACCCAGGAUUGCCAGGUUGGUACCAAUUUGGCAUUUUCUCACUUCCAUCCGGGGGUGCGUGGAUUCAACACGCGAAGGGCUCAUUCGUGACGCGAUACGAGAGCCAAGAUGACGAGGAGCGCAAGGCCAACUGGACAGCAUCAUUGGAGCGCAUCAAAAACACCCAAACAAUCGCGAAAAUGGCCGACAUCAGACAAGCUUAUGACUGGUUGUCCAUCACAGGCGGGCUUACGGUCGGACCAGCAUUCAAGACCAUCACUGGAGUUUCCUUCUGCGAGUCAGAGCCUCGUAUCUGGCUUUCUGGAGUUGUGACGGACACAAAGUCGACAAUGCCUUACGAAAAAGAGACGCCCAGUUUCAUUCACCCCACAACCCUUGAUUGCCUCUUCCAGUCUGCUCUUCUCUCAUGCUCCGAAGCACUUGCCAGCCAGAACGCCAAUAUUCCCGUUGGAGUUGACAACAUUUACAUUUCCAACUCUUUCCAGCCCCAACCUGGCGAACAGUUUGUCGUCCACACUGAGACUAAGUGGCAAGAUGGAAAGUCGCGAUCCCACUGCGUCGCGUCGGAUCCUUCUUGGUCGCAACCCUGGAUCACGUUUGAAGGUGUCCACCUCGGCCGUCUUCCCUACAACCCCAACGCACAAAAGCAAGAAGAGACCGGACCUGAAAGUCGAUACUCUUCGGUUGUCUGGGAAGAGCACUUGGAGUCGCCUCUUAUCACUGGCGAAAUCCAUGACGGAGCGAAGAAGAUCGCGGUGGAAGCCAGCAGUUUGCAGCUGACAGACUGGAUCAAGCGAUUGUGCCAUACAAACGGCGAUGCGAGUGCUUUAGUCGCUACCUCCAACGCAGCUACCUCUUGGGCCGAAGCUCUCCAGGGGGUAACUCCAGGCACCGGAAAUCGACCCUGCCUUGGGAAGGUCACUGUCGCCCCAUGUGGUUCUAGCGAUGAGGCGAACAACGACAUUAUAGGCGCUCGCGUGGUGCCUCUUGAUUCGUUUGAAAAACUUUCAUCGUCUUCACUUGCGGAGGAGAAAUAUGACUUGGUCGUUAUUGAUGAGCCCAAGCCGUGGAAUGAAAUUACCUCUCAAGCUGUAGUUUCCCUAUUGCCCAUGAUUCUGGACCACGGAGGCUUCGCCGCAAUUCGCGUUUCUGAUAAAGACCUGGACUCGGCAGCAAACAGCUUGCAGCGCCUCGAUGGCCUCGAUAUCCACAGUGUGACCCAAGAUCGCAAAUUCAUUAUUGCACGCCGAACUCCGGUACCUUGGAGCACAGAUCCCGAGAUCUAUGUUUUGAGUCCAGUUGAAACUACGAACUCUUUCCCCGUAUUUGAUCACCUUGAGAAGAUCUUUGCCACUCACAAUGUUCGCCUUGUGUCUGUUGGGUUGAACCAGGUCCCUACGCUUGAAGGUAAGACUGUGAUUUCAUUGCUCGACUUGGCGGGUCCCUGGGUGUCCAACUGGACAGAAAAAGACCUCAAGCAUCUACAAGGUCUCAUCAAGGCACAAUACGUUCUCUGGAUCUCGCCUUUCUGGAGCGAAGGAGAAGUCGACAAUAUUGGAUCCGGUGCCACUGGUGGCCUUCUGCGUACACUCCGCAAUGAGCAAUGGAACACUACUAUUCCGCACCUGCUCGUAGACGCGGAUGAUUGGGAAGACAAGUUUGGUCUCGCAUGUGGCAUUCUUCAGGUGAUGCAGCUCACCACGCAAGAGAACCCACGCCGACCAGACUUGGAGUACCGCCUCGCUAACGGCAAGUUGUUGGUCCCCCGUGUUCUCGAGACCUCAGCUGUUGAUGAAGCCAUGCAUACACUGGUGAAUGGCCCCAGGCCUGUUCUGUCAGAACUCACUGAAGACUCUAGACCACUCGAGCUGAAGCUCCAGGAUCCAGCCAACGCGAUCUGGCAGGAACAAGAAGUGUCCAAAGAGCAACUUCUACCAGAUCACACCGAGCUGAAGGUAGAGAUGGCCACCAUCUUCGAUUUGCAGGGAAAUACUGGAAUUAUCCCAGAGACAGCUAUCCCAAUGUUCGAAAUUGUUGCUCAGGUCACUCGAAUUGGAUCAGGUGUGCGCGACUCAGCUGUCGGAGACAAGGUCUUGACACUGGCCUCCGCAGAAUCCGGACUUCCGACUACAAUGCGCGUUCUCGAGAGCGACAUCAUCAGAAUCCCCGCAAACACCGACCCGAAACAAGUAAUUUCGACUCCGCUCGCGUACCUCAACGCGCAUCAAAUUCUGACUCAAGUGGGUCGCCUCAGCUCAAGCUCCUCUGUUCUAUUGCUCGGGUCGCUCAGCCAAACUCUUCAAGCUAUGAUUGACUAUGCCCUUGCUAUGGACAUGCAGGUCAUUGUGGCAACCGAUACUCAGGAUGCCACUGAAGCCCUUCGCGUUCGCUACCCGCUUCUGACGGAACGCAUUCUGGGCAUCCACAGCGGGCUGGAAACAAGUGUGUCUAGACUUACCAACGGAUGCGGAGUUGAUGCCAGUAUUUCCUUCUUAGGUGGAUACCCAGGCCGAAAUGCCGCAAAGUGCUUGGUCCAAGGCGGACAGUACAUCAACUUGUCCAGCGAUAUGAAGCUCAGUGCUCUCCCAGAGAGCUUCAUUGACGGUGGCUGCACGUUCUCAUCGCCAAAGCUGCAGAAGAUCUUCUCAGAGAAGCCUGGUAGCCUUCAUGCUUCAGUCCGUCAUGUGAUAGACUUCAUGAAGCAGCACCGAAUGUUGGAUCGUGUGGAACCAUACGCUGAUUUCCCCAUCUCUGACGUCACGGACGCUUUGAAACAGUGCAAAGACGACAACACUCGAGUGAUAGUCGAUCUCAAGGCUCCUGGAAAAGUCCCAAUUGUUCUCCCACUGCCAGAUCUUGCAGGCUUACCUGCAGCGAGUACAUACAUUCUAGCAGGUGGACUGGGAAAUCUGGGUCUUGCACUUGCCGAUACUUUGGUGCAGUCCGGAGCCCGGCACUUGGUUUUCCUUGGUCGCUCUAGCGGCGCGCAGCCAACUCAGCAGGUGGCAUUAGAUUUGCUUCGCGAUCGCGGAUGCCAGAUUGAUGUCCUCCGCUGUGAUAUCUCCCAGCAGGGAGACAUUGACCAUCUUUCAUACAAGAUCCGGAGUAAAAAUUGGGACGUUGCAGGUGUGAUCCAAUGCACGACUGUUCUAAAGGAUGCCAUGUUCGAGAAUAUGACUUUUGAAGAAUGGUCCAAAUCAACCGAUUCAAAGAUCCGCGGAACAAUGAAUUUGCACCACUUGUUCUCCGAGAAAGAAGGCUUGAAGUUCUUCGUGGCAUUGUCAUCCGUGGCCAGCGUCAUUGGCAACAUGGGUCAAGCUAACUACUCUGCCGGAAAUGGUUUCAUUGACGCCCUCAUGGAAUGGCGACGCAACCAAGGCUUGCCCGGUCAUUCUAUCAACAUUGGUCUUGUCCCUGAUGCCAGUGGAAUGAGUGACAUUGCUGAGGAUCAAGAACAACGACGCCGCCGCUACAAGCAUCUGGAGGGUACGGAGAUCAUGACCCAUGAAAUUCAAACCUUGCUCCGGGUGAUCAUCAACAGCAAGCUUUCUCUCCCUUCCCAAAUCAUCGCUGGUAUGACGGAUUCCCUGUCUCGCAGCAACGGUUCUACAGCCUGGGCUCUCGAUCGUAAAUUUGAUCACCGACUUCGCAUUAUUGUCGAUGACAGUGACUCUUCCAAGGUCACGACAAGCGCCCUACUCAGGGAGGCCGACUCACUAGACACUGCUACUCAGAUUGUCAUUGACGCUCUGAGUGAGUAUUUAGCAGACGCCAUGGCUACAACGGCCGAUGCCAUUGACUCGGAUCUGCCUUUGUCCGCCCUGGGAGUUGAUUCACUCAAGGCAACAUCUGUCCAAAACUGGGUCUCCCGUGAACUCGGUGCAGACCUUACUUCUUUCGAAUUCCUUGGAUCGCAACCUACCAAGGCCCUCGCAAGGAAAAUCGCCUCGGCCAGCUCAUUCGUCUCAGAGUCGAGCUGA